UCAGAGCUGAGUUGGUAUAGGGAAGUUUCUGGAAGUGCUGGCAUAGAGAUCGGUCUUUUUAACAAAGUUUAAAGAUUGAAAUAUUGAUAUUUUAUCAAAAACAGCACCAGUUUCUUUGGAAGAAAACCAUAUUAACAUGAGUGCAUCAGGACAAAUGCAGGCUUCAGCAGCUUCAGCCGAGUUGCGGAUGGAUAACGAUGAACUGAGGAUUGUUCUGGUUGGAAAGACCGGAGUUGGAAAAAGUGCCACAGGAAACACAAUCCUAGGAAAUGAAGUGUUUCAAUCUGAAUUAUCUUCAUCGUCCGUGACCUCAGAGUGUAAGAAAGCCAGAGGAACUGUGCACGGCAGAACUGUCGCCAUCAUCGACACACCGGGAAUAUUCGAUACCAAACUUACAGAACAGGAAGUCAUCGAAAAGAUCAAGCUGUGCAUGUCGCUGUGUGCACCAGGACCCCACGUGUUCCUGGUGAACAUCCAGCUCGGCAGAUUCACCCACGAAGAGCAAAAAACACUGGAGAUAAUCAACAGAAUCUUCGGAGAUGCUUCCUCGAGGUACACCAUGGUCCUCUUCACCCACGGAGACCAACUGAAGAAGACUAGGAAGACCAUUCAUGAGUUUGUUAAUGGAAAUCCCGACCUGCUCGAGUUCAUCAAGUCCUGCAGUGGUCAUUACCACGUCUUCAACAAUGAUGACGCUGAAGAUCGCACUCAGGUCACGGCUCUGUUUCAGGAGAUAGAUCAACUGAUUGUGGAAAACGAUGGAAAACACUUCACAAAUGAAAUGCUGGAGAUGGCCGAGGACGCGAUUCAAGAGGAAAUGACUAUACUUCAAGAAGCAAAUCCAACGAUGAGUUUAAUUGAGGCAAGAAAGGCAGCGGAAUUGAAAAACAAUUUCUUGGAUAUUGAUUGGAGAAUAUUUGCUGCUAUAGGUGGUGUACUUGCUGUGGGUGGUGCACUUUUAGGGGCAUUGGCCAAUUUGAAAUGCACAAUUCAGUAAUUCAGUCAUUUUUUGAGACCCAAUCUUUAACAAAUGACUCAAUAGGUGGUUGGAUGUGGUUGGAUGGACUGUUGGUAGCAUGUUCAAUAGCAUCCAACACUUUUCAACAAUUUUAAUCAGAGAUGUGUCUGUAGAGUUGGCUGGACAUGGCAUAGCAUCUGUAGUGUCUUUGAAAGGAAGCUCUUGGGAUGGCAGAACUAUGUGGACCAAAUGUAGGGUUUAAAAUACUUUUGUAGAAGUGUCAACUCAAGCUUUUUACUCUUUAACACUUUCCGACCUGAAAAAUUAUGCUGUUUUCUGUGUCUUUUGCCCCCCCAAAACAGAGUAUUGUUCUAUAAAAUCUGUACAAAAACCCAAUUAAAACCAAGUAAUUUCAAUAUUUAAUUGCCUUUCUAAUGUCCAUUGCUUUAGCCUGUGUUUAAUAUUUUUUAUAAAAUGUUGUGAAAUUAAAAUAAAAUAUUUAUAAAAUUAUGCUCAUGCAAAUUUAGUAAAUUUGACUAAUUGGCUUUGCAGUGAUGUCAUGCCCUGAUGUCUGGUUCAUGGUCUAUUCCGAUGGACAACAGGUCUCAAUUAGUGCUAUGUGCAACAAAAUAUAUGCAAAAAAAUAUAUAUAAUGUACAUUGUAAUUGGUGCAGGGUCUAUAAGGGUUUAGUAAAAGUGUUUAGAAAAAGUACUGGUUUCAAAACUACUUAAAGUAUAAAAGUAAAAGUAAUGUAAGGGGAAAAAAUAAAGUCUUUAAGCACAAAAGCUUAGGCCACGCCCACAGAGUUCUAUAGCGCAAUGAGCUGAAAUGAAAUACGAGUAACGAGGCUAUUUUCAAAAUGUAAGGAGUAGAAAUGUCUUUAUUUUUUCCCCAAUGUUACGUUAAUAAGGUUCUGCAACCAGUAGCUACUAUCUUAAGAGCUUUGAGCCUGGAAGACACUAUACUCUACAGAUACUAUACCAUGUCCAGCAGCUUCCUCAUAUCUAUUCUUAAUUUAAAAUGUGUGGGAUGCUAUUGGACAGGAUAUAACUUUACACAUGCAUUACACAUGUUUAGCACAAUAGAUAUUCCAGGUGCAACUAUUUGUUUUUAAUGAUACGUCUCCACUUAAUUAUAUUUAACUACAAAAUUUGUAAACUUAAUUAUUUAUCAUUACAAACCCAAACCUUUCUGACAAACUAUGAAUUUUUGGGCAUGCAUUAGAGUUUAGAUUUUCUGCCCGAGCCUGAGCCCAACCCAAUGCCCCAAGAUCGGGCCCAGUUGGGCCGAGAUUUUCUACCAUUUUCCUCGGGCCGGGUCAGAUUGGGCUCAAGAAAAGGCGUCUGAUUUUAAAUUAUAUUUUUAUUUUAUAUAAAAAGCUAUGGUCUGAUAAAUCACAAUAUAGCAAAGUAACAAAUCAAACUGUGUUAAAAAAAAAGUUAUGUUAAAAGAAUGUUAUAAUCAUACAGCUCUGGGGUUCUGAAAAAAAGAAUUUGUCCAGAAUGUACUUUAUAUCCUUAAACCUUGUUAAUUACGUAAGUGUGGAGUUUAGUCAUUGUAAAUUAUCUUAUUGUUGUUAGUCUAUACGAUGCAUAGCCCUAUUACUGUGUUUUUGUGUGUAUUUUU